AUGUCCGCCACCUGUCACAUCCGAUCCAUCAGAUUACCCACGGGAACUCAUCCGAUCCAGCUUGAGAGGAAAAGUACCAGCUUGACCAGUGAAAUCGAAACGUUCGCGAGUUCAACAAAGAGGCUGAGGAAACUCGCCUGCAAAACCUUGCAAUCCUCCAGGAAAAUAACAUCCCCCGCAGUAGAUCUCGAGCCGAAAGAAUCGAUCUUUGGGCUUAUGAGAGAAGUCGAAUUAGCAAGCUCCAACAUGUUCGAGUCCCUUUUGAGCUCAGUUUCUGGUGCAGAAUCGAGCGGGUCGAGUGUUGUUUCCAAGUACCAGAAAUCCAAACGGGGCUGGAGCCUGGAAGGGAUUCAAUGGACUUUUCGGGAAUCUGAGGAGGAAUUGGAGUGCGUUUAUAGGAAACUAGUUAAAACCAGAGUUUCUUUCAUUAACAUUCUGAAUCAUUAG